AAUAAACACAGCAGCACACAGCAGCACCCAGCAGAAGCGCAGCGCUGCAACCAGAACCAAACCCAGAUUCCGGCGAGCAGGGGGCAGAAUCCUCACCUUCAGUGGCUAUUUCCGACGAUCGGAGGGGCGGCCGCCCCCUCCUUGCCCAUAAUUCGGGCGAACUGGACAGAAAAAUCUGCUGUAUCAAUUCAGUAUUUCACAAGUGUUGCUAUGGAGCCUGAGAAUGGCGAAGAUAUUCUAUUUGGGACCUGCAACAUUGUUGCUAUUAUUGGUUCAUGCUUUUUUAUAGCUUCUGAAUCACGUCUUACGAAGAAAGACAAAUUGACCAUUUCGAGUGAUGACUAUAACAAGAUAUGGAAACUUGACGAUACUCUGUAUCUUACCAUGACUGGUAGCAAGGCGGUCGUCGAAAAGAUGAAAACCCAUACUAAAAAUUACCUUGAACACUGUGCAAAGCAGAAACGCUUUCCUGUCUUUAAAGAUGUUGCUCUGAAUGGCCUCCAUUUCUUGAAGAACAUUGCCGAUGAGAAUAAACCUCGCGAUUUCACUGAAGAUGAGCUUCGUCAUUGGGUGCUUAAGUAUCAGAAUGCUGCUUCGUUUUUCUGUAGUUUUGUUGAUCGGAAACCUGUUAUUUACAGGGUAUGCGUCAAAAAUGAAAACAAUGCACCCGUAGACGUUUCUACUCUUGCUGAGAACGCUGGAUUUGAUUUUCUCGGAUCUAGCAUGAAACAAGCUAGGAAGUACUUGGUGGAAACUGAGUUUUUCAGAAGGUGCGAGGAGUUUGAAAAAGAUGUCAAUGUGUCUGUUGGUGACAUUUUUUUCCAAUUUGCGAAGUACUUUGCCAGGGCAAUAGUGUCUUCUGCUCUUGUGGACAAUUUUUCUGGUGGAGACAUUCAAGUUAAAUGUAUUUAUGCUAGUGGGGACUGUUUGUCUUUCACAUCCAAUGUUGCACAAGUGUACCUGGACUCGUAUGGAGAUUUGGAGAUGCACAAGGACAUGGUGUUGCUGUUGUUUGUAUCAAUUGAGUCAGAGGAUGGAGCAGAUGUUGUUUUAAAGUUAACUCCUACGGUUAAGAAAUGGGGAACUGUGGCAUUCUUUCAUCGGUUGGGUGUCUUUCGGAAAGCAUAUGUUCAUCGUAUUGUAUUUGCCAAGUUUGUUGAUUUGGGGAAGGUGAAGGAAAUUUUCUCUAAGAAGAGGCAAGUAGGAUGUUUUGGGUUUCCAGCCAUUGAAUAUGACAAAGGUGUUUGGGUGUCAGGGCUCUAUCCUGGUUCCGACGGCGUUCCCAUCAAGGAACUGCUUUGUGGCAAUUGUGUUGCUGGGCCAUGCUUGUCAGAUUGUGUGGAGAUUGUGUAAUUUGAGUAAGCACCUAAACUCUGAACUGUUGUAUUGCACAAUUGUAGCUCCUUGUUGUGUAAGAUUUAAACUUCUGGUGUAUUGCACUAUCGUAGCUACUUGUUUUGUAAUUCUGCCUUACUGAUUCGAUCACGAGUUAAACCUGUUUUGGUAUUUGCUUGUGAAAGUGAAGAAAAAGUGUUGUUUGAAAGCUAAAA